GUCCAUCGCCAACUGCCGCCCCGACAUUCCCGAACGUCGCGACCGAACGCGCGCUAGCCGACGAAUCCGCUCGCCGUCGCCACCGCCAUCGACACAACGACUCCGUGAAAAUUCAAAAAAAGAACAAAUUCCAAAUUUGGGAACGCGUUCGUGUUUAUUCAAGUGAAAACUUUUUUUUUUAUUGUCGUGCCAAAGUGACAGUGUGUGGUGGAUUUUCGAGUUUUUUCCGUGAUACCGCGAUGCCGAUACGUGCGUGACACACCGGGUUGACUUGUCUCAAUCCGCGCGAUGUCGCAGCAGCCGCACGGGAGGGGGCGCGCGCGGGCGCCCUCCCCCUCCUCGCUGCACUACCGUCCGCCCUCGCCCUGGGCGCCCAGCCCGCCACCCCUCAUCUCUGGCCCGCGCCACUCUACCGCGCUUGUCUCCCCUCCCCCAGUGCAGCCCUCUCCAAAACCUUUCCGUCCCCUCCACUCCCCCCAUUUCCGACCUCACUCGCCCUCCCCCAGUUCCCACUUCUCGAUCUCCCCAUACCCGAUGUCCCCGACCUUGGGCCAAAGUCCCGAGUACUACUACUCGUCGCCGUACGAACCGAUUCGGGAAUACGACUACGCGGGUCCGGAGCCCCCGCCGCCGCCGCGCCCCAUGAUCUUUGAAGAGGAGGAAGAAGACCGCGGCCCUUCCACCGCGGAGAUCAUCGCCAACCAGUCUCAGGAGGGCUACGUUGACGAGAAACUUGCCGAGUACCAGGCUACCAUACAACUCCUACAAGAUGAGCAAGAAAGAGUGCAGAAAAAGACUUUUGUUAACUGGAUCAAUUCACAUUUGUCAAAGCGCAUUCCGCCGCUUCGUAUCGACGACCUGAUCUACGACUUGCGCGAUGGCACCAAGCUGCUGGCGCUGCUCGAGGUGCUCUCCGGGGAGAAGCUGCCGAUGGAGCGUGGCCGCGUACUUCGUCGUCCGCACUUCCUCUCCAACGCGAACACGGCGCUGCGCUUCCUUGCCGGCAAGCGCAUCAAACUUGUCAACAUCAACGCCGCGGACCUGGUAGACGGCAGGCCUGCCGUCGUCCUCGGUCUUAUCUGGACCAUCAUAUUGUAUUUCCAGAUCGAAGAGAACAGCAGAGCGCUGGAGUACCUGGGUGGGUCGCGCUGCGCAUCCGUACUUUCGCAGGAGUCAGGCGCCGCGACACCAACACACCGCGCCGAGGACCGGUGGAAGCAAGGGGCCAAGAAGACGCAACUUACAAAAGCAAAAUUAGCAACUUGGACCGCUAAAUGCACCAGAGUUGAACACGUCCGUGCCUUAUUAGAUGACUAUGACAAUUUCGUAACUAAAAACAAGAUUUUCCAAGAAUUUGACAAAGCCUACGUUGACAUUAAGCAGGUAGCAGAAGAAUAUAAAAGAGUAUGUGAAGUAGACAGAACUGAAGCGAGAGAAAUUGAUGCGUUCUUGAGAGAAAUUUCGGAAACGUGGCGAAGAGUCGCCUCCGACGUCAGAUGCGCAAGAAGCGUCCUCGAAGAGGUGAUCGCUCACUGGGAGCGGUGGACUGUGUUAGUGGAACAAUUCACCACUUGGCUGGACAAGGCUCAACAUAUGUUAAGAGUAUCCGAAGACGAGGGUUUGGAAUUCUUCCACGAUCUAACGGUUUGGAAAGAGAGACACCAGCUUUUAGGCGAGACGGCUGGAUUUUUGGCUGCGACAUGCACUGAAGAAAUAAGUUCAGAGGUCAAGAGAAAAUACGUGGAGAUCACUGAAAGAUGGGAACGCGUAUGGGAUGAGGCUGAGCGGUACGUCCGUGGUGGUGAUGCUCUGCGCCACCGUCGCGAGCUGGCGUCCGGCAUCCAGAAGUUGGACAACUGGUUGUCGAGUGCCGAAAACCUGCUGUCCCGGCAGCCGCGCGCCAGCACCGUGGAGAUACAGACCUACAUCGACAAGCUGGUGCAGCUCAACUCAGAAAUUGAACACCAUGAAGAGUUAUUUAAAACUAUUAGCAGGACCUUCCAAAACGCGAUUGCUGAUCUACCCCGCGACGAGGUCGAGUCCAACAUGACGAAACUGAAGCAACAGAAGGAAGCGCUAGUGAGAGUGCGGGCCACGGUGCCCGUUAAGGUGCACCAGUAUAGACAGCUGCUCGUGCAGCACGAAUCACUGGAGAGCGGCCAGAAAGAGAUCGGCCAGUGGCUGGACAAGGCCGAUGAGCUACUAAGGACCACCACAGAAACGAGAAGAGAGGUAAUAGAAGAACGUUAUGAGGUACAUCGCACGUUCUUCUCCCGCACCACUUACUACCGCUCUAUGUUGGAGAGCAAGAACAAAGUAUUCCAGAACAUCGUCAGAGCUGCUGACGUCGACCGCAGCGCUGAUGUCACCGAUCAAGUUCGGCUAAUGAAGGAUCUAAAUGAUAGAUUUGCUCACAUAUCUUCGGAGGCUACCCGUAAAGAAUCAGAGCUACAGCGUCUUGUGCGAGCGUGGGAUGAAUUCGAGACAAAGAAACGUGCCGUUGAAGAAUGGGCGUCGACUGCGGAGUCUCUUCUCUCCGAUAAGAGAGUGGACUCAAAGCAGGCUGUUGACUUCCACAAGAGGUUUUUCCAGGGCGCGGAUGAGAGAGCUGUGUCCGAGCUCGUUCGUUCUGGUCGGGAGCUAAUUGAGCUGGUGAAUGCGGAGGACAGGCCUCGAGUUGUGCAGACAGUUGAGGAGUUACAACGUCGCUGGAAGGAGCUGUUAGACCGAGCGCCGCCACACCUCAUGCGAUUGGAGUUCCGUCUAGAUGAGACUGUAUUCCAUCAUUGUAUUAAAGAUAUUGAAAAGGAGCUUGUUUAUGAAGAACAGGCCUACAACCAAAGUGACGAUGCAGAUGGUAUUCUUAUCAGGAAUGAGAUGUACUUCCGCAACCAAGGGAAGGUAAUGCAAGUGGAGCAAUGCCUCCAGAACCUCAAAAAGAUCUCAACAAGUUACACACAGCAAACUGGAGAUACAGUGUUAGAUGAGGAGGUCCGAAAAUGUGAACAGCAAUGGGAAUCAACUGUUCACCGAGUAGAACAUUUCAGACAACAAUUGCAAAGGAUUCCAGCGAAAUGGGAUGCUUAUAGAGAGAAAUUCCAAGAUAUGCAGAAGUGGAUGGACCAUGUUGAUAAGACAAUGGACAGUAUUGUCAGAGAAGUGGACUCCGCUGAGGCAUUUGAAAGGGAAAAGACUAUAUUCCAGAACAUCUGCCGCGAAGCUGACAGGAAACGUGAAGACAUGAAGUGGUUAGUUCAGACAUUGGAUAUGCUCACACAUCACUGCUCCGAGAUGGAGGCUCAGGAUGAACAGAUUAAACUAGAAAAUCUUAUACAGAGAUAUAAAAAUCUUAUUCCAACUAUUGAAAUAACCAUGAUAAAGACGGAAACAUACACCAGAUGUUAUACAUACAGACGUGAAGUCCAUGAAGUGAUCUGUAUAUUGGAAAGUGCUCAGAAACAGGCCAUGGUGGAGCCUGAACCUCAAUCCCUGCAGCAAGUAGAACAGCUAGUCCUUGAGCAACAAGCGGCUGUGCAGAAGUUGGACCGACAUCGGCCUUCUGUUAUGUCAAUGCUGCAACGCGGCAAAGAACUUAUCAAGGAUGCUAAUGCUCCAGCAUUUGUAAGAGAAGAUGUAAGGAACUUGGAAACCGGCUGGAACUCUGCCUACGAAACUUCAACCGACCGACUGUACAAGCUACGUGAUACACAAAAGGUGUGGUCCAACUAUGAAUAUCAGAAAGAGGAGUUGCUUUCAGAUAUCGAUAAGAUUGAAAACUACGUCGCUCACCCAGGCUUAGAAUUGGGCGUGACAAAUAUUAGCCGUGAACUACAUGAAACUAAAGUUAUCAAUGAAGACAUUGAGAAAGCUAAGAAGGAAAGGCUGCCGCAGUUACAACAAGCAUACGCUGAACUGCAAUCGCUCACAGCUAACAAGCCUAAACCUGUUAUCGAAAAAGAUUUGGAAACAAUCGGAAGAAAAUUGGAAAGGGUUCAAGAUGAAGUUCAUACAAAAGUCGAGCAUUUGGAGAAAUUUAACGAGGAGUGGGUUAAAAUCGAGCGUAAACUGGAACAUGUUCGUGAAUGGAUCAAGAAGGAAAGUCCAGCGUUGAUUUCUGAAAUACGUUCGGAUAAUAUUUCCCCAGAGGAAAGAGUCGAGAAGUCGCAAAGCUUGCAGAAAGUAGUUGCAGAAAAGCUACAUGUUAUUAAAAAUGUUGCUGACCAGGGAACUAAGUUGGCUGUUGAACAUCGUGUGCAGGACGCUAACAGACUUAAGGGUGAGGUCGCCCUGUUAGAGAAAAUGAUGGCCGACUUGCAACGGUCUACAGAACAUCAAACAAAAGUGGUCGAACACGACCUCGCGAGUUGGCAAAAAUAUCAAAAAGGUGUUGCCGAAAUCAAACCAUGGAUUGAAGAGGCAGAGAUUAAAUUGGGUACCGUGCCCAAACCGUCGUCGUUACCUGAAGCCCAACAACUUCAACAACAGUCUAGGGCUUUAGUUACAGAUUGUGAAAAGCAACUAAUGAAUUUGCAGAUUCUAUCUAGUGUUAGUCAUCAAUUAUCUGGAAAAAGUAGUGCCCCUGACGAAGUAGACGCAAUUCAUUCUCGCUGGGCUGUGGUUCACGACCAAGCUGACCAAUGGAACAACAAACUGGAAAAACUCAUUGUUAAUUGGGAGAACUUUGAGAGGGAAGCAGAAAAAAUUGAGAGUUGGAUAGAAAACGGUGAAAAAAUGCUGAGUAGCCGGAACAUAACAGUUGAGUCACCACAGGUGGAAAAAUUAGACAGAGAAUUGAAUAAACUUAAGUCAUUUGGCAAUGAAAUUUCGCAGCAGCAAGCUAAAAUUAUUACGUUAUCUCAGACGUGCGAUAGCAUCUGCCAUAACAUUCAGCCGGAGGGUGCAACCUUAUUGAAAAACAAGGUAUCGGAUAUUAAAGAACGUACAAACACUCUCGCAGAAACUGUUCGAAGUAAAGUAAAUGAACUUUCAGAUAAAAUUAUUGUCCGCCAAGAAUUUUUGACUAAACUUCAUAACUUCGACAAUUGGAUUAAUGAUUUCAGAAGAAAAACAGAAAGCUUUGAUCAAGUAGAUGCCGGUAAAGUUGAACCAUCGCUGCAAUCUAUGCACGUCUUGCUUCAGGAACAUGCCGCUAAAGCUCCUGAAUUUGCUGAUAUUUACAAUGAAGUUAAAAAUAUGACUCUAACAUCACAUCCUGAAGAAUCUCGUACUUUAAGUGACACGUAUUCAAAUAUAGCGGAGCAUUAUCAAUUGAUCGAAUCGAAUAUUCAACAAAAUAAAGCCAUAUUGAAAAAGUGGUCCGAUUUGCUAAAUUGGUAUGAAGAUACAAAGCAACAAUUAGGUCAUAUUCAGUAUCAAAUUGAGGGACCGAAACUCACACCUGAGAGCUAUGAAGUGUUGCGUCAAGAACUUGUCAAUGUUAUAACAAAAGUACCUGAGAUGAAGAGCAAUGUUGUUCUGCUAGAUGGUCCAUCUAAGGUUAAGGUGACUGAUCAAAACACAGGCAGAAUAAUUUCACCUGUAAGUUUAGUAAAAGAAAUCGAGGUUAAAGCUGAAGCUUUGCUUAACCAAGUCACAUCCAAACGAGAUUUGGUACAGAAGGUUGGUGCGAGAUGGGAUAAAUUUAACCUGCAACAUCAAGCCGUAUCGGAAGUUUUACAUAAUGUUCAAUCAACUUUAAAUGAUAUGGCCCAAAAACCGGUACCAUUAACAGAAGCUACUAUUCAAGAUUUAUCAGAGCAGCUGGAUACUCUAGACACAGAACUUAAAGAAAAGCAAUCUGUUAGGAAAGAGCUGCGCGAAGAAGGUUUACAUUUGAUGAGAGAAGAUCAACCUAAUAUGGGAACAAUUCAAAAUUCACUAUCGGCAGCUGACCAUAACUGGGAUCAAGUAGUUAACAGCGUGCGUGAUACUAAAAAUAGGUACAUAUUACUAUCUUCAACAUUACAAGAGUUAAAGAACUUUACUGUGGCAUUUGAUAGAGAAAUGAGCAGAGCUCAACAACUACACAACGAGUGCAAGGACGCUCCGAACGACUACGUGCAAACUGCUCAAGCUUUAGAUAAAGCAAGAAAAUCCUAUGAAAUUCUUAAACGAUCUAAGGGUCUGUUAGAUCAAAUGGAUGUUAUCAAACAAUCGGUCCUAAAACAAGCCUCUACACUUGGAGGUUUCGACACGAGUCCUUUAGAAAAUGCAUUCUUGGAAUCCCAAACACAAUGGGAAAAAGAGAAUGAUGCCAUUAUUAAAAGAAUUCAAGAUUUGGAAUCGCAACUUCUCGUUUGGCGACAAAUCGACGACACGAAGAAUCAAGUUGUAACUUGGUUAAGUGAAACUGGUCAAAAUUUAUCAAAUGCCUGUGAUAAUUUAGAAAUUAGAUUUGGACAAAAUCACCUUACGAAAUACAAAGAAGAGUUACCGAUUUACACAGGACUCAAAAACAGUAUAAAAGCUAAAUGUGAACAAAUAACAAACCUAAAUAAAAAUAUUCCUAUGGGUCAAGUUUCAUCGAUCAUUGGUUAUCUUGAUGACGAAUUCGAAGCUUUGCAAACACUGGCCACUAAUUUAGAGAGCGCAGUGUCGUCCUUGGAGUCUAAAGAAAACAAAUUAAAGGAGAAAAUAAAACGCCUGUCUGAUAAUAUUAGCAAAAUUAGGGACGAUAUUAUCAAAUGCGACGAUAUGUCUGGCGAUAAUUCUAAGAUUUUAGAUCGCUUGAAGAAAUGCCAAUCGUGUAAAGUUGAAUUACAAAAUCUAAGUGAUGAAAUUGAUAAUCUAUCUCAAUCCGUCUCUGAAAUGAAUGAUAAUUAUCCAGGUUUUUACGAAUCACUGGUGCCAAAAGAACUUAGCACCUUACAAAAGAGAUUUGAAAGCGUUUUAGUACAUGCAAAUAAAACUGAAAUAACUCUUUUAACAUUCCUGCAAAAACUUUUUACUGAUAAACUCAGUAUGUUUAAUAGGAAUUUGAAGAUUCUGGACGAUAAAACGAGAUGGUGUGUACCUGAUGUGUCAAGUGACAAAUAUAAUUUGGAAGUUAAAACUGCCGCUCUUGCUGACGUUGAAAGUGGGAUUGCAGAUUGCAAACAAAAAAUUACGGAAUUAAAGGAAGCCUGUGAAAUAUUACGCGUAGUAGCUGAACCGGCUACAGCGCAAGAAGCGGCAAUUCAAACUGAAAAAGCUCAAAAGAAUCUGGAUGUAUUGACAUCUAAUUGCCUGGAAAUCAAAAACAGUCUACAGGAGAAUAUUGGAGCAUGGCAAGAAUAUGAAGUCUUAUUAGAGAAUGUCUCGGAAUGGUUGAAAGAAAAAGAAAAUUUGGUAAGACAAGAGGCUGCAAACCUACUAGAUGCUAAUCUCAUAGAGAACAAAAUAACAGAAAUUGAAAAACUUAAUGAAGAUGUGAAGAAAUAUGGAGAUGAAGUAAAUAAACUUACUGAAAUCGGAGAUAAGAUAUUAUCUCGUAAUCCUGAGUCUAGGGUAUCGCAAUAUAUUAAUCACUUAGCUAGCAGAUAUCAGGCCGUCAGCAAGUUCAUGGAUAAUCAUUUGAAUAGACUUAAAGAACUCAAAAACAAUAAAGAGAAAUACGACAAGUCAAUUGUAGAAUUUAAAAACUGGCUUACUGACGCAAACGCGAGGAUAGCGGAUUUGGCGGCUAUGAGUAAACAUGCAAAACCAUCGGCGGCUGAUUUAGCACAAGUGAAAAAACUGAGUGAAAACAAAGAUUUGGGCCAAAGAUUGCUUAAUAAUGCAAUUGAAUCUGGAGAAGCCUUGUUCAGCGGACUUAACCCAGAAGGUCGAGAACAAAUUCGUAAUGAACUAAGAUCACUAAGAGAUUACUUUGAAAAUUCAGUCGAUUCACUGAAUAAUGUUAUUAAAGAUAUCGAAACAACUAUAAAUAAACGAUCAUCAUUUGAUGAUACCUUUAAUCAAGUCCAGAAAUGGAUAAGCGAUAAAGAAAACGAAUUAGGCGAUUUCAAAUUAUGCGCAACUUUGCCGGAAAAGAAGGCGCAACUUCAUGCAAACAAAAUUUUACUUCAAGAAGUAGAGCUUCAUGAAUCUAUGCUCACUCAACUUACAGAGAAAAUCAAGUUAAUGCCAGAUGAAGAAGCAGAAAAAAGUCUUUCUAAAACUAUUGACCGAUACAGAGAAAUGUCGAAAGAGCUUGCAAAAAGAAUAGCUUCAUGUGAGCGUCAUGUCGUAGAUCAUGAAAAGUACGUGCAAAUGUUCGAAGAUUCUCGUGAUCGACUCAACCACAUUGUUGCAGAGAAUAGCAUGCUGACAUACAGUGUGGUAACGCAAAAAGAUGAUGUUGACUCUAAGAUUUCAGCUAUAGAGAAGAUCACAUCGCAAGGACCUAACAUACAAAACAUUCUAGACGAACUGAAAUCACAACUACAUGUUGUAUUAGAAAAUACUAGUCCAAACGGUCACCCCGUGCUUAUAAGUGAAUACGAGCAACUCAAAACUACUUGGACGCAAUUCGCUACACAAUGUGAAGAACAAGAUAAGAAACUCAAAGAUAUGUUGAAGCAAUGGAAUGAGAGCCAAAAAACUUUAGAUGAACUUGAAGAAUGGCUCAAAGUAAAAGAAAACCAGUUAAGAGAUCAAAGUCUUAAAAAUAAUCUCGAAGCUAAAAUUGGUCAUUUGCGAAAAGUGAAAGAAAUACGAAACGAAUUAUCGUCAAGAAGUGCGGACUUCACCGAUUUAACCAGCAAUAAACAAAGUGUAACAAGUGAGUCGGAUCUUACAAACAAGACAUCUAAAUUAGCUACUCGGUAUCAUACGCUAAACAACCUUGUGAAUGAAAUUAUUUCAAAAUAUGAAGUAUUUGUAGCUGAACACACUGCCUUUGAGAAAGAUUUUAACGACAUGGAAAAUUGGUUGAUGAAUAUGCUCGGGGAACUUCAAGAUUUGAAUGAAAUUGUCGGAGAUUAUGCUGUUUUACAAGAAAAGCAAAACAAAGCUAAGGAGCUUUAUGAAACUAGAAAUAAAAAGACUCCUGCAUUCGAAGAAUUCCUUAGUUUGGGUGAAAAGUUAUACGCGCACACAAGUCCCGACGGCAGAGAAGUGAUCCGCCAAAAAAUUAGAAAGAUAAGAACUCUCUGGGACACUUUUGGUGACAAUUUCCAAGAAACGGUUAAUAAACUUGAUCAAUGUCUCUUACAAUUUUCGGACUUCUCUUUAGCUCAAGAACAGCUAACUAAAUGGCUGAAAGAUGUUGAAAGAGCAAUGCAGCGUCAUACUGAAUUAAAGGCAUCCUUAGAAGAAAAGAAAGCCCAGCUACAGAACCAUAAAUUGAUGCACCAGGAAAUUAUGACUCAUCAGCAGCUUGUCGAAUCUGUUUGCGAUAAAGCCCAACAGCUAGUUGAUCAAACACAUGAUGCAUCUUUAAAUGUGUACUUGCAAUCUAUUAAACAAUUAUUCCAGAAUAUUGUAACGAAGUCUCAAAACUUACAAGAUAAUUUAGAAGAUUGUGUGAAACGUCAUGAAGAUCUUGUACGCCUUAUUCAACAGUUCAAAGAGUGGUUAAGUUCGCAAUCAGAAAAAGUACUAGACUGUGAAAAUGCCGUCGGAGAAAAACCUGAGAUUAUCAGAAAGUUACAAGCUGUUACAGCUCUCAAAGAUAUUGAAAAAGUCGGGUCUAAUAAAUUAGACGAAAUUCGUACCAUAUUUACUUCAGUAAGUAAAAGUACAUCAGAAGCUGGUAACGCCGCAAUUAAAUCUGAAAUUGAUAAUCUACACGACCAACUACGUAAAGCUAUUGAUAGCAUAGGAUCUUCAGAACAAAAACUCAAACAUACUUUGGACAUUUGGAACAAAUUUGAUACUUCCAUUGAAGCUAUUACUGAAUGGUUAAAGGAUAUGGAAACGAAAUGUCGUGACCAAGCACUCUGCUCCACAUUACAAGAAAAGGAAGCACAGCUGCAAAGAUACGUUGAUCUCCGUAAUGGUAUUCACGCUAAAGAAAAAGAAAUCGAUUCUUUUGUUGAUGAGUCCCAUAAUCUCAUUCAAGUAAGCGGUGUGGAAAGGCUUAAGCCUCUUGUCACGCAAGUAAGUAGCCGAUAUCAACAGUUGCAUGUAAUUUCAAAGGAAAUUGUUAAUCAUUGGUCUGAAGUAGUAAGUGACCAUAAAAAAUACAUUCAGCUACGUAACGAAUUUGACGCAUGGCUAAAACCUUUAGAAGAACAACUUUCACAAAUGACAACAAAAGAAGACAAGCUGAGUAUUGAAAGCAAAGGAAGCAAGUUACAAGUAUUUUUACUUGAACGCGACAACGGCGAACAUAAAAUUGGAAUUUUAACUACAGCUGGCGACAAAGUUUUGCCUGAAACUGCUGCAAACGGUAGGGAAAUUGUUCGUUCUGAAAUCCGGGAUUUGAGAGAAAGAUGGGAUAGACUAAAUGACAGCAUACUGCAACAACAAAAAGAAUAUGAAUCUCAAACAUUGCAGUGGUCUAGUUACCAAGAAGUUUUACAACAGACAUUAUCUUGGUUAGAUGAAAAAGAAAAGUUAGUCGAGAGCGAAGAGAAAGCUGUCUUAAAUUCAGCACAAGAAAUCAAAUCGAAACUCCUGAAAAAUAAAACAUUGUUGCAAGAAAUUUACUCACAUAAACGGGUUAUUGAAACUGUUACUGAAAAAGCUAAAAGUGUUGCCUCUUCAUUGCAUUCUGGCAAAGAACAGAGCGAUGAGAUGACGUCUAUCAUCCAAUCGGUUUGGGACAGAUAUAAUACGUUGACUAAUAGGUUGUCGGCUGUCAUUGAUAAGCAUGAAAGCACAUUCGAAAUCUACCAACAAUUUGCGGAGCAACAGAAAUCGUUACAAGACUACCAAAAACACCUGUGGGAUCGUUUGCACCUCUUAUCCGACUUCACUGGUAAUAAGGCUGCACUACAGGGCAAGUUAGCGAAACUUCAGGAAUUACUAGAUGCUAUUCCAAACGGCAGCAACAAGUUGAAAAUUUUGUCAGAUCUUAUAGAAAAUAAUAAUGCGAAAUUAUCGCCUAGGGGCAAAGAUGCUAUGUCACGUGAAUUAAGUCUUCUCAGAGCUGAUCUCGAAAAGUUUACUACGACUGUUCACGACGUUAAGCGCGGCAUUGAAGACAAAAUACAGCAAUGGAUUGAAUUCGAUAGUGCAAAUGAUCGCCUUCAGCAUUGGCUAAGUGAUACUGAAAUGAGCCUGAAAACAUACACACCCAAAGCUACUUUGGAGGAGAAAGUUGACCAACUUAAUAAAUAUCAGGCUAUUUUAGCUAAUCUUAAAAAGACAGAAAAUGACGUUGAUAAAUUAACAGAUGAGUUCAGCGAUCUUAUUGAAAAUUGUAAUGACACUCGAAUCACAAUGAAUCUCCAACAAAUGACCUCGCGUUUCCAAUCCGUGCACUCCACAGCCAAAGAACUGGUAAAGAAAUGUCAGCAGGCGGUCAAUGAUCACACUGCGUACCAGGAUAAGUAUAACCAAUGCACAGAAUGGAUAAAAACCGCUCAAUUGAAGUUUGAGGAGUGUCAGAAGAACUUGUCGAAUACUCCUGAUGGAAUAAACGCGAAACGAGAAAGUCUGAAUGAGUUACUUAGCCAACAACGAAACGCGACACUUUUAGUAAACAACACAGUUGAGCUCGGAGAAAAAUUAUAUCCUUCGACGUCACCGGAAGGAAAAGAAUUAAUAGAACAACAAUUACAAGACAUCCAACAGGCAAUAGACAACUUAUUCGAUAGUAUAAGUAAGGCUGAAAGAAACUUGGAUUCCGAACUUAGCAAGUGGUCAUCGUUUGAAGACAAUUUGAAAUCAGUUCAACAGUGGCUGACACUCGCUGAAAAGAAUCUCCCCAAAGACAUCGAAUUAAAGGCAACAUUGGAUGAAAAACGUAAUCAAUUGAAUGUUUAUAGAAAUUACUUGCAAGACGCAAUUGCCCACCAACAAGACAUAACAGAUUUAGAAAGUCGAGCUCAAAACUUGCCUGAUGUCACUAAAGAUAUUUCAAAAGAAAUUAAUCAACUGAAACAAAGACAUGAAGCUAUCUUAGCAAGGGCCAAAUCAUUCGUUGAACAAUACGAAGCUAUUGUUAAUAAUCAUCAACAAUACACUAAAGCGGUAAUGGAUCUUCAGGAAUGGGUAGAAGCAACGCAUAAUACAGCUCAAUUAUGGGGAGACGUGAAUUUAGAAAGAGUGGCUUUAAGCAGUAAUUGUGAAAAGUUGAAAUCACUGCAAAUUAAUUUACCGGAAGAAAAGAAUCGUAUCGAUAAAAUACGUUCGUUAGGAGAGAAUGUUUUGCCCGGCACUAUAAGCAGUGGACAAGCUAACAUUAGAAAUCAAAUUGACGCUUCUCACCAAGAAUGGGAGGGAUUAGUUUCCUUCAUCAAUAAAACAAUUGAAGGCUUAGAAAACAAGAUACAGCAAUGGAAUGAAUACGAAAAUAUGAAGGAUCAAUGCUUGGCUUGGAUAAGGAAUACGGAUAAUCAAAUACAUGCAGUUGAUCUCAAAGCAACGUUAGGAGAAAAACAAGACCAAUAUAAACAAUUCCUUGAACUGCAAGGUGAGGUUCGUGCAAAGGAACUCGAGAUUGAUAACAUUACGGAAAAAGCACAGCACCUAUAUACGGGAAUGCUAGGUCCGCGAGGAUCCCAAAUAUCUGACCUUACUGUAAAAUACCAAACACUAUCUCAAAAAGUGAAAGAUUUGACCAACAGAUGGCAGCAAUACGUAAAGACACAUCAAGAGUUUACUAGCAAUGUCGCAGAGUGUUCCCAAUGGAUCGAAGAGUUCAGAGAUAAGUUAGAUUUCUGCGCAGAUUUAAGUUCGGCCACACAAGAUGACUUGGAAACAAAAUUGGUACUUAUUCAAAAUCUAUUGUUAUUGAAAGAUGAAGGAUUUACUAAGGUGCAAUCAUUAGUAGAGCUAGCUCAAAACGUUAUGGCUAAUACUGCACCUCCUGGCCACGAAGCUAUUAAUAACGCCUUGGUUACACUCCAGGAACAGUGGUCAGCACUAUUAUCGAGAAUGAUUGAGACUAAAAAUAUAUUAAAUGAUUCCGUUACAAAAUGGGCUGGAUUCUUAGAGCAAAUUCAGUUUGUCGAUAAGAGUAACGCUUGGCUUGAAAGUAUGUUGUCAGAGUUAACGCCAUUUGAAAGCUCGAUGCCUGAUAAACGAGCACAACUUGAGAAACUUAAGGAAGUCGAGGAAAAAGCACGAUGCGAUCGCUUGGAUGUUGAUACAAUGAAGGCUAAGGCUGCUGAAAUGAUUGCUAGCGGUCAACAGAAUCAAACUGCUACGAGGGCACAAGAGGCUCUUAACAAAUUUGAUUCACUUUAUGACAAAAUCAAAAAAUUACUUUCAGACCGUGAGGAACAGUACAAAGACCAUCGUUUAUACAAAGAGGCUCACGACGAACUUAUACAGUGGUUGGGUAGAGCUAGAGAAAAAGUUCCAUCCUUAAAAUCAAAACCCCUGAGUGACAAGUUAGCAAUCGAGAAUGCUGUAACUCCGUUGGAUGCAUUAAUUAAUAAGCAAGCACAAGGAGAACUGUUAUUAGAACACUUGCAACAUACCGGUGAAGUAGUCUUAGCUAGCACAUCUCCCGAAGGACAGACAGUAAUUAAGAAUGAAAUGAAAGCUCUUAAAGAAAGCUUCGAUGACCUUUUCAAUGAAAUCAAGCAACAAAAGAGUCAAUUGGAAAAUACAAUUAGUCAGUGGCGAGAGUACAAAGAUGAGUACGAAAGGCUUUCCGACUGGUUGCAACAAAAGGAAAUUCUUAUUAAAAAUCAUAAAGUAGCUCUACUCGGAACGGCAAAAGAAAAGGGAGGUCAAGUCAAUGAAGUUAAAGAAAUUGUAGAUCAGCUGCAUAAGGGUAAGGUUGAUAUCGAUAGAUUCAAUUCUUCUGCCUCCGGCCUACUGUCGUCACAUCUCGACACGUACGUGAACAACCAACUACGUCAUCUUAAUUCAAGAUAUCAAGUACUUAUCAACAUGGCUAAUGAUGUUCUAAAGAAAGUAGAAACUAACUAUGAGCAACACCAAACUUAUGACGACAACUAUGUAAAGACAAAGAAAUGGAUCGACGACGCCUGGGAGAUAACUCGUAGCGGCAGUGAAGCCGGAAGCAAUAGCAGCAAAGAGGCCUUACAAAAACGUCUAGAACAAAUCGAAGAUCUUUUGAAGCGUCGUGAGGAAGGUCAGAAUCUCGUUCACGCUACUAUCAAUAGCGGAGAAAAAGUAUUAAGGAAUACUCGAUCAGACGGUAAAGAUAAGAUAAACACCGAACUAAAGGAAUUACAAAGCGAGUGGGACCGUCUGGUAAAGAAGAUGACCACAGCUAAGGUACAUCUAGAGACCGCUUUACUACAAUGGGCGGAUUAUAGCUCCAGUUAUUCUCAGUUGCAGCAAUGGAUUUCAGACAGAGAGGCAAAACUUCAAGAAGUAUGUGAACAAAAGGUUGCCAAGUCCAAAAAGGGGCAAGAUCGUGUAGCGGGUCUAACGACCGGUCUAAGCCUCGGUGAAAGAAAAGCAACACUCCGUCAAACAAACAAUAUUGUACAAGAUAUUGUUUCCUUUGAACCAAUGAUACAGUCUGUAACUUCCAAGGCUUCGGAGUUGAUGCAGCAAGCUCCGGCGUCUGAAAUUACUAGCAAAUACGAGACCUUGACAAAACAGGCUAAAGAUUUAUAUGAAAAACAAAAGGAGACAGUGGAACAACAUCAAGCAUUUAUUGACGCCGGUACAGACUUUGUCCAAUGGAUUAGAGCCGCCAAAGAAAGGCUAGGAAAGUGUUCUGAUGCGACCGGAGAUAAGGAAUCUUUAAGCAGCAAAAUAUCGCAGCUUAAGGUAUUAGAAAGUGAACUUCCCGAAGGUCAGAAAAAACUGCAGAAGGCCCUCGAGCUAGGAGAGAUUUCUUGCAGUUUAGCAGACGAGGACGACCGCGAGGAGAUUGAGGAAGAAGUGGCUCUAUUGCAAGAAGAGUUCGAUACCUACGUAGAGCAAUUAAACAACACAAAGGCCCUUAUCGAGGGAGGUAUCGUGAAGUGGACAGAGUACGAGGAACAAUACAAGGAAGCCUUGGACUGGUUGUCGAAGACUGAGAAACUCGUACAAUCUUUCAACAAGCUGCAGAACAACUUAGAACAAAAGAAAGUCGUUCUUGAAGAAUUCCAGGGUCACCUCCAAACAUUAUUUGAUUGGCAAGCGGAGUUGGACAAGCUGAAUAUGAGAGCGCAAACUCUCCUGGAGACGUGUGCUGACACGAGGAUCUCCAAUGGCAUCACUCAGCUUACCACAAAGUACAACGCUUUGCUCUCACUGGCCAAGGAGGUGAUGAAGAGACUAGAGCUGCAUUACCAAGAACAUCAACAACAUAACGCUCUGUACGGUGAAUGCCAAGACUGGCUGGACAGAACUCGAGAGAAACUCAACCAAUGCGCCGACAUACCAAACAAUCUCCAAGAGGUCAAUAAUAAGUUAAACACUAUCAAACUUCUGCGCCAAUCUCUGGAGCAGGGCCAGAACAAGCUGAGAUAUCUUCUAGAAUUAAAAGAGAAGGUGAUAAUGAACACAGAGCAAGCCGGUGCAGCUAAGAUCCAAGAAGAUACGGAUAAUUUGAAGCAAGAAUUCGAUAAACUGAUCGCUGAUCUCCAAGAUGUGAGGAAUAAACUAACCAGCAGAGCUUCACAGUUCGAUGAUAUUUCUAAGAUUCACAAACUCCUAGUCGAAUGGCUUGACGAUAUUGACCAGAAGAUCCAAUCUGACGAUUCUCUACUCAAUGAUUUAUCAGAAAAGAAGGCCAAGUUAGAAAAGUUCAGAACAUUCAACCGAGACAUUGACUCUCAUCAAGAUUUGGUCAACAAACUCAAUGAAAAACUUCGAGAAGAUGCUUCGCUUAAAUCUAAAGAUAUUGAAGAUAGUCUACAAAGAUACGGAGAUAUUAGGAAGACUGUUAGUGAUAUGAUUAGCAAACUUGAAGAGUACGUAAACACGCAUAUCCAAUAUAAGGAAUCAUACGACAGCUUCUACGAUUGGAUACGUAAUUGCAAAAUAGAAAUACAGCAGUGUUCCGAUUCACACGGAGAGAAGAAAGAAGUGCAGGAAAAACUAAAGAAUGUCAACAAAAUUAUUAAAUCUUUGCCCAAGGGAGAAGCUUUACUCAAGAAAGCGAUUCAACUGAGCGAAGCUGUAUUAGAAACAACAGGCAAUGAAGGCAAAGAUAAUAUUAACCAAGAAAUCAAACAAUUAAAGAUUGAAUGGGAAAAUCUACAACAUAUCUGUAAAGAUACCAAGAAGCUUCUAGAGAAAUGUCUCUCCGCUUGGUCUGAUUUCUUGGAAACUUCGGAGAAGAUGACCACUUGGGUAAAAGACUUCGGAGGUAAAUUGGCCACUGUCCAAAAGGUCGAUAAAAUCACUCCCGAAUAUCUGGACAAGUGUCGCGAUUUACUUGCUCAAGCGCUCGCAAACAAGCACGUUUUAGAAGAACUGAACGACAGAUGUGAAAAUCUCAUGGAGCUCAGUGCCUGCGCCUGGGUUCGCGAUAAGACCGUCAAUUUGCAAACCGAAUAUACAUCCUUACUGACCAAGAUACAAAGUCUAGUAUCCAACGGCGAAAAGAAUUUGUCCGAUCAUACCGAGUUCAUCAAAGCUAAGAAUGAACUUCAACAAUGGCUAGAAACCGCUCACGGCACCGUUCAGGAUUCCAUCGGAGUCGGUGAUAUUGAUACCACUAAAGAUAAACUGGAAACUGUUAAGCUUGUCAGUAACAGAAUGACAGAGGGUCACCAUCUCCUGGUUGUCCUGCAGGAAGCAUUUAAGAAAGCUCUGAAUAAUACACCACCUGAGGAACAGGACAGCUUACGUAACGAUGUGCAGGUUCUCCAAGAAAGUUGGGAUCAGCUGAAGAUCGACCUUAACUCUAUCACUGCUCAGCUCAAAGCGGCGAUCGGCAAAUGGGAAGACUUUGAGGAAUCGAAGAACAAACUCAACCAAUGGAUCAGCAACACCGAACAGAAUCUCGAUAAAGUGGCGCCGACUGGCGGAGAGCUGGGCGAGAUGAAGACCUUGCUAGAGAAGUACAAGCACAUCGAGGACGAAAUAGACAACAAGAAACCGGAAUUAGACAGACUUAAAGAAGAAGCCGCGGAACUCAGCGGAUGGGCAAAGAAACCUGCCGUCAAGCAAUCCGUCACAGAAAUAGAGAAGAAGUGUAACGCUCUAAGAUCUAAGUGCGCUGCAAAGAAAGUGGAGCUGGAGAACGAGAUCAAGGACUACAACCAGUACCACCAAUCGCUGCAGGAUACGGAGAAGUGGCUGCUGCAGGUGUCGUUCCAGUUGAUGGCGCACAACUCCCUGUACAUCGCCAACAGGGAGCAGACGGAGGAGCAACUAGCGCAGCACGCGGUACUGCUAGAUGAUAUACAGAAGUACCGCGCUACAUUAGACGAUCUAGAAGGGAAAGGUCGUGCCCAGAUCGAACGCUACGAGGCCACCACUCCCACGAUACGGGACACCGUCGGCAAGCAGUUGAAGAACGUCAACGAUAGUCACAAGAGCCUGUUGGCGACCGCGCUCCAGAUCGAAAGACGAUUGCGCGAAGGUCUUGCCAAGUUCAAGGAGUACGAGGACACGCUGGAGAGCAUUCUCAACAACCUGGAUGAGUGUGAACCUGCCAUUACCGAGCUGGAUGUUCCCGUUGAUGGUCUCACGCAUGGACGAGAUCUAUUGGAUAAAGCGAGGCGUCUCGAGGACCUCAUAGACCAGCAAUAUGUGAGCGAGCUGGCUGCGCCGAGGGUCGAUGUGUUACUUAAGAGCCUCGAAUCACCAGAAUUCAGCGAGAAAAUGAACUCGUUGCAAAUGAAGGUACAAAGUCAUCUGGAAACCCUGGGUGAUGCGGUCCACGGUAUGGAGGAGGCUAUGAAGCAAGUCCUUGAGAUACAGGAUUGGAUAAACACUCACAAGGCUCUCGCCCACGAUUGGUUGUCUAACCCAUCCAAACUGCGACCUGAAGCGGCUAAAAAUGACAUGGCCGCAAUGAGCGACGCCUUGGCCUCACUUGCUGAGAAGAGGAACAGAUUGCUCACUGAAAUACCAACAGAAGGUUUAGAAGAUGAAAUCAACCUUGAAGAAGAACUGGAUAACCUCGAGAAGACAAUUCUCCAAGCAAUUGAGAGGGAAAAGUCCAACCAAGGCAUUAUCGAUGACUUCCGUCAUAAAUGCCAGGAGAUCCACGAUUGGUUCGACGCUGUAUUGAAGAAGAUGUGUCUCGCUGAUAAAGGAUCUGGUCUCCCAUGUCCUCAGAAGCUCAGCGCUUUGAAGGAACUGUCCAAUGAAUUUGGACAAGCUGGCAAAGAUAAAGUCGAUAACAUCAAGAGCGUAGGCACACAAGUUAUCAACAUUGUGAGUAACUUGGAGUCACAGCAAGUGGAAGAACAAAUGAAGUCAGUAGAGAGAAGAUAUAAUGAUAUCGCUAAACGAAUCCAACGCAAACUCCAGAUGCUCGAAAUCACCUACAAAGCAAUUGACGGUACCAAGAGCGAGGUCAACGCUCAAAACGAAUGGCUUCAAAAGGAAAUCGACAGUAUUCUUCAUCCUGAGCCGCUUGGCUAUGAAAGUAAAUCAGUAAAAGAAAGACAAAAGAAGAUUGCCAACCUUUUGAAAGAAACAGAUGGCAAGAAAACAGUUAUUGACUCUUUAGAGAAGAAGGUCAGCAACAUCCAAUCCGAACUUGAACCAUCAGAACAAAUGCAAUUGGAAUCAGAGUUAUCCGAAUUGGCAUCAAAGCAGAAACAACUUGCCUCACUUAUUAAACAGGAAAUAGAAAGAUUGAGCGGAUGUGCUGAAAUCAGAAAGAAAUUGGAGAAUGAUAUUGAAAAGGCAAAGAAUUGGCUUAAAUCUAAAUUGGCCGAUAUCAAAAAGCUCGGUGGUCCAGUGCCACUAGAAGUUGGAAAGGUAGAGAAAGAAAUUGCCGUUCACAAGAAACAUCAAAAAGAGCUGUCAGAUUUCCACAACGACACACUUUCUGAGGUCAUUCGCCAAGGAAAUACUGUGUCCAAAGACUGUUCACCUGAAGAUCGUACUAAACUGCAAGCUAUCUUAGAAGGACUAAAUAAACAAUACACAUCAGCUAAAGUAGAUAUUGAUAAGAAACUUGCAGCAUUAAAUAAACUUUUGCAAGGCAGAAAUGAAUUCGAAAGUGAUGUAGCCAAAUGCCAAAGCUGGCUGAAUGAGGCUGAAGUUGCCGCCACGCCUGAACUCCGUACUACCAGUCUGCAACUCUUGGAAGAACAGCUUGCUAAGUUUGAGAAGCUCAGCAAAGAAGCUGAAGAUGUGGAGAAGAAUAUUACAAAAAUCAAAGACAAAUCUAAGGACAUCAUGGAAACAUUAUCUGAUUCAAAUAAAUUACAACUUAAAGAACAAGUAAACGUUCUCUCUGAUAAAUUCGCUAGAAUCAACGCUAUUAUCAACGACAAAAAGAAUAUUUUAAUUAAGCACAUCAAGGAAUAUAAAGAUGCCGCAGCCAAGAUUGCUGCAGCUCUAGAAUUCUUGAAUGAAAUUCAAAACAAACUAAAGGCUCUUAACAAACCCAUUGGUAGCAAAGUUGAAGAUGUCCAACCCGUUAUCCAGGCUUAUGAAUCUAUUCUCGCCGACUUGAAAAAGAACAAGGCAAUGCUCAAUGAAUUACAAGGAGGAAACCUUCACGACCUCCAAGAUAUACUAACGCAACAGGAUGACCUGGUUACUACUAUCGAAGAUCAAAUUUCUAGACUUAAACAACUUCUGUUACUUCGUGAACAGUUCUUUGCUCUAGUGAAAGAAAUUGAAGAGUUCAUCACUAAGUAUACCGAUGUGACCGCUGAAAUCGAAAGGUCUAAUGAUACUCUGGAAGACAAAAUCAAACGCUAUGACGAUAUUAUAGUAAAGAUCCAAGGUUGCGAAGCUCUGCUAGCUACUGCUACAGACAAAGGUCAGCAAAUUGCAGCAGAAGGAACUGUUAUUGAUAGAAACAACAUCACUGAACUUUUGCAGUCGUUGAAGCAGCAACUCCUGACAUUACGAAGACUUGUAGAAUCAAAGAGGCAGGAACACGAAAGAGCAGCAGCCGAGCAUAAGAAACUCGCAGCAGAUCUUUCUGAAAUCUUACAAUGGCUGCACGACAACGAAGCUGCGGUACAUUCCCGUCCACUUUUGAACAGAGAUGUCGCUAGUGUUGAUAAGAAGCUAGUCGAGCACGCUGCAUUAGCAAAGAACGUACAAACUUAUUUGGACAAAUUUACAAAGAUCUCCGACAUUAUAAAGAACGACGACGGUGUGCCGGGAUCUCUCCUAGAAAUGGUAUCAGAGGGCAACUCAUUGAAGACAUCUCUUCCUGAGGAAUUAGCAAACAGGGAGAAACAUUUGAAAGACAACAAAAAAUACAGACAGCAAUACAUACAAAUGGUCGAGAAAUUAAACAUCUGGGUGAACGAAGCCGGAAUAAGAUUAGACAUGGGCAAAAACGGUACUGACUUUGAGAACAUCGAGUCUGACCUAGAAGAACAUAAAUCAUUCUUCAACACGUCAGAACCUGAAAUGAAAGACCUGGUUGGUAAGAAGAUGCAAGACAUCGUUGACAAGAUCUGGCCAUCACUAACAGCAUCCGAGCAGGAGGAACUAUCAAAAGACCAUCAGAAGCAUAACCAACUGCUAAAGAACACGUUGAACUCUGCUAAAUCGCGACAGGCACAGCUGGAACAGGAUCUGGAGAUUUGGAAGGACUUCUGCCAGCUGGUGGAGAAGAUUAAGUCUAUCCUGGAUAAGAACGACAUAGAAGAGGAGCAGAUCACCACUGUGGAUGCUCUGCGGUUAUACCUGGAGAAGCUAAACCACGCCAAGAACGACUUAGAGGUAAGUCUUUUGAGUUACUUUUAUAGUUAA